AGUUUGCACAUUCUUCCCUCCGAAAAGCUGUGGGAAACGGAAACCCUAAAUAACACGCAGCAAUCGCAAAAGAAAUUGGGUUUCCGAAAUUCUUGGUUUUCGUCAUCCCGGUCCGGGCUUAAUGGAUUUCAAGAAUAUUGCUACUGGAGUUGAGAAAUCAGCUUGUCCGUCUCCUGCUCCGGUGAAAAUCCCAGCAGUUGGAUGUGAAUGUCCGACGCCAGAGAAGAUAAGCGACCCUUUGCCCACCAAUUUACAGCUCCAACUUCCGGACAAGAGUGCAGCAGAUUUCCUUGAUCAUAUGAAUUGUUCGCUAAGGUUGCUUCGUCUGCGUAAAAAGUCAACUACGUUCCGGAAUAUAUCUACUCAGGUGGAAAUCCUGGCAAAAAGAAAGUUCUUAUACAGGCAUCUUGCUCAGAUGAAAUUUAUACUUCCUGAAGCCAUAAAGAUAGAUUGGGUUUUGGUGUCUGACAAGGAAACUCAAUUCAUGAAGCCGGAUAUAAACAUCAGCUUGCUAUUUGAUAUUGUAAAAGGUCACCGUGAGAUAUCUGAUUUUACAGCUUUGCGCCAAGUUUUUGCUUCUAGGCUUAUGAGUUUCUUUGCAAUGCAUCCUGAGGCUUCUGAUGUUCCGGAGGCCAUAUUGCCAGAGCCUUUUAGCAAAAGAAGUCAGAUACCUGUCCUGAAGCAAUUGUCUACAGAUUCUUUGAUGGAACCUAAGCCAACUUCAAUUGAAACUGAGCUGUUGUCAGAAAAAGUCUGUCCAUAUCCAUAUAUCAGUAGACACUUUUCGCGGAAUAAUGUUAUUGCUAAAACAGAAAAAACCCAAGUCUUAUCAUCUCCACCACCUCUGCCAUCGGCUGAUGGUAUGAAUAACCAAAGUAUUAAAAGUGGGCUGCAGAAAGAGUUUCUUGUUGUGUCUUACGAUCCUGAGCAAGACAUCAAAAAUUGGCAGCGGAAAGAAUCAUGCUCCAAAUUCAGUAUUAUUGACCACUCAAUACAUCUGAAUCACCCUCAGCCUUCUAUUGGUUCCAGCAUACCUGAUAGCCCUCUUGUGAAGCUCACCUCAUCCGCCAAUAGUUUGAUGAUAGAAACACCUAAACCAUUGACACCAAGGAGAUCGAUGCCCAGUUGUGAUGCCAAGCAUGAGACCUUGAACACCCAAAAAUCAACAUCUUGUUAUAAGCCUGCAAAAAGAGUUCUAGACUUCUCUGACCUAGAAGGUGAUAAAAGUGCAUUGGACUACACUGCAGAUGAGUCAGGAUGCUACAAUAUUGUACACCAAGACAUCCCUAAAGCUAUAGGAAAAACUGUCGGAGAUAGAUACCUCACUUGUUCUCCAGCAAGGCAAGAGGUAGAACGGGUCCUUGGUUGCUCUAAUGAGGAUUGCAAGAAGACUCAAACAAGCUCAUUGAUGCGCCUGCAGAUGUCUACUCGCCUAGCUGACAUGGUUACUCUUAUUUAUGGUGUAUUGAAGUCUUUUAACUGGUCUCCUAUCACCAAAGAGGAGCUUGUGCACAAGAUAAUUAUGAAUAGUCUUGAUAUUACUGAAAGAAAAGAAGUUGAAGAACAGUUUGGGCUUCUUGAAAGGCAUGUUCCAGAUUGGAUCCAGAGCAAGUUGCUUUCUAGUGGGGAUAUUAUGUACACCGUCAAGAAAGUGCCAAAUUUGGACUCAGUUAUAUCAAAGCUCAAGCAUCUGACUGUUUCAGACCAAAAGGAGGAAGCAUCUGAGGGAUGAUCCGUUCCAGCAAGAGUAAAAGACCCUUUGGCAGUUGUGUUGGAAAGGAAACUGUGAAGAGUCUUGCUGUAUCAAGUUGCUUCGCUGCUUCAUUCUAGAGAUCGGGUGUUAUUUAUAUUUCCAAUUAGACCACAAGGGAUUCCUUUGGUUUGUUGUAAUGUGGGUAUAUAUAUAUAUAUAUAUAUAUAUAUAUAUAUAUAUAUAUAUGCUAGUGAAUGAAUGCCUACCAUGUAUGCUGUAUAUUUUGCCUUUUGGUCAAUCCGUUUCCGUAGGCAGAAAGAGUGCUGCGGACUUUGGGUCACCGUGAAACGUUGUACUGAAACGAGAACGAGACCGAUUGUGAAUGUAAUACAUGCAUCUCGUAGAAAUGCUCGAGGCAGAAUGUCGUCUCGAGAGAAGGGAGGUACUUGCAAUAAACCAUCCCGGAAAUUGAUGUCAGGGCCCUAAACAAGUUAUAUUCCGCCAACUCGUCCUUUGCCCACUUGGGGCGCAAUCAACUCAAGAGUAUUUUCUCUGAUACGAUGCAAUCAACUCUCCUUCAUUAACUGUCAAACUCAAAUUAGAACAAUAGCGAUAGCCCAUAUAUGUUUUAGCUGGUAAUCUAAAAAUGCUGGGCGUGGCCUCCCCGAUCCGAUUAUAGCCUAUAAUAAUGCUGGUAAGCCGUAAGCGUUCGGCUCUUCGGCAGCUGCCUGAGCGGUCUUAGGCAGCGUAUGAGCGCCAAAUUCCAUUUCGUCUCUCUCCCCCCGGUCUCAUCGAAUCCGGAUCCGAUCCGGCCCUCGCCUCCAAUCCAAUCCGGCACCGCCAAGAAUAUAAAGCCUCACAACCCUUCUCCUCAAUCUCAAGCUCCUCUGAUUCGAGGUUCAAACCACUUUUAAGUUUUAACAAAUACACACAGUUCUCCAACUCUCUCUCUCUGAUAGUCAAGCUAUAUAUUUGAAGAAGAUACGUUGGUCCUGGUGUUGAUGUGGUUCAUCUUUUACAAUAGCUCGCGGUAUUUAACAGAAUUUUGCAAGAGGCAUCUAUGGUGAGAUCUAGAGAAAGCAUCGAACUGGAAGGUUUAAAUUUGUGCUACAAUUAGUGUUUCUUCAACUUCCGAAAAUGUUGACUUUGUGGGAGCAAUUGUGGUUGUACUGCCCGUUUCUACACCAUUUGCUCAUGUAUUUGGCUUAUAUUUAUUCUACUUAGCAGAUUGUAUUACUCCUUGCUGUAUACUCAUUGAAGAUUAUGGUUCUUGGUUAUGACCACAGCACUGUGGCUUCUCUUGUCA